GUGAAAUUGAAUGUGGAGUUGAGAGUGGACAGUACUACGGCUUAUCUAGUUGCUCCCAGUGCACAACCAACAUUAAUAUAUAGAAUUAAACUUGCCCAGUAGAAAGAUCCUUUCUUGUAGAGGAUGAAGGAAAAAGUAAGAGCUGGGGAACCCCACAUGCAAGAAUUUAGAAUUUCUGAAGAUGAGACUGUGGUUUGGUGAUAGGCUGUGUGUACCAAGAGAUCAUGCUUUAAGGCGUGAAAUUAUGGGAGAUGCCCAUUAUACUAACUAUACAAUUCACCCAGGUAGCACCAAGGUGUAUCGUGAUUUGCGUAGUACAUUUUGAUGACGGAACAUGAAGAGGGAGAUAGCUAGAUUUGUCUCACAAUGCCUGACUUGCCAAAAAGUCAAGGUCGAACACCAGAGACUUCCUGGGAAAUUGCAGCCUUUACCUAUUCCCCAGUGGAAGUGGGAGAACAUCACCAUGGACUUUGUGACCGGCUUACCAUGAACCUUGAAAGGUAAUGAUUCUAUUUGGGUCAUCGUUGAUCGAUAGACCAAAUCAGCUCACUUCUUACCUUACCAGACUAGCACCUCCAUUGAGAAACUUGCCAAUAUGUACAUGAAUGAGAUAGUCAAGCUGCAUGGAGUCCCUGUGUUUAUUGUGUCAGAUAAAGAUACCAGAUUUUUAUCUCAUUUCUGGAUAAGCUUGCAACAGGCACUUGGUAUUCAAUUAAAUUUCAGCACGGCCUUCCAUUCUCAAACUGACGGGCAGUCUGAGAGAGCUAUUCAGAUACUUGAGGACAUGUUAAGGGCUUGUGUGCUAGAUUGGAAGGGUUCGUGGGAUCAACACUUAUCCAUGGCUGAGUUCUCAUAUAAUAAUAGUUAUCAAUCCAACAUCCGUAUGGCACCGUUUGAGGCUUUGUAUUGUCGAAAGUGUAGAUCACCUGUUUGUUGGAUGGAGGUGGGCGAAAGAAGCAUUUUAGGCCCAAAAUUGGUGCAACAAUCUUCUGAGAUUGUGCAGUUGAUCAAGGAACGCCUUCGUGUUGCACAAAGUAAGCAGAAAAGUUAUGCGGAUAGAAGGAGACGAGACCUUGAGUUUGAAGUUGGUGACCAUGUAUUUUUGAAGGUGUCACCCACUUGAGGUAUCCUUAGGCUUGGCAUCUGGGGAAAAUUGAGUCCGAAGUAUAUUGGACCAUAUCCUAUCUUGGAAAGGAUUGGUGAGGUAGCUUAUAGAUUGGAGUUGUCUGGAAAUUUAGCGAGUGUUCAUGAUCUGUUUCAUGUGUCUUUACUUCGGAAGUAUGUCCUCGACCCAAGUCACAUCAUUAAUCCUAAACCAAUUCAACUCCGGGAGGAUCUCACUUAUGAUGAGCACCCGAUCCGCAUUCUGGAUUCCAAGGAGAGGAUAAUGCGGAGAAGGAUUAUUCGUUUUGUUAAAGUCCUCUAGGAUAAUCAUUUGGUGGAAGAAACUACUUGGGAGUUGAAAUCCAAGAUGAGGUAGGAACAUCCGCACCUCUUCCAAGAUUGAGCCGCGUGUUUCUGCUCGUUUCCUUCUCCCCUACACCGAACCAGCCUUCAGCCAAGCCCAGCCCAGCCAUCACCGCCUACUCCUCUUGAAAAAUUGAUCUGCUGUCUUCUUCCUCUGUUGCCGCCGGUUGCUGCUAGGGUGAACUUCGGUUUUCCUGGUUUCUGAUUAUUCUAUCACCCUAGCUCUUGGAGUGAGUUUUCUGCUUUAUACGAUUGAGGUAAGUAAAUUUAUAGUAAUGCCCAUACGGUUUUUAAAAGCAUGUUUUGAUUUGUUUUUAAAGUGGUGGCAAGACUAAAUCUGUUUUAUGCAAAAGUAAGUAUGAUUGAUUUAAAGUGAAAUUUUUAUGCUUUUCAUUAAAUUGAGCAUGCCUACUUGCAAUUUAAUUGAUUGUCUUGAUGAUUUGAAAGUGAUUGGUGAAUUAUGAAUUUUCUGCUAACUUCUGCCUGUUUUGUCUCCGAUGUGGUUAUGUUAUUAAUGAUCUUGCUAGUGGGGGUUAAACGCUAGCACAUGUCGACGUGUUAUUGAUAAAACCAGUUCGUUUGA